AUGAGUGUAGCACUGUCGAUUCCAGUCAAAGGAACCAGACACCACGGUGAUCGCGAUAGAUUGAACUAUACGUUGAAAAGUGCUCACCUGCUAGCAGUGCGUCAAAUUAUCGACCACUCGAGGCCAACAUAUGAAGUCGUUUAUGCGUGGUCACAGUCAUUCGAGAAUCUCAUGAAAAACAAACUGGGACAGAAGUAUUUCGCUGAAUUUCUGAAAGGCGAGUACUCUGACGAGAACAUACUUUUCUGGCAAGCUUGUGAAGAGCUGAAGAGAGAAAAAAACGCCGAAAAAAUCGAAGAAAAAAAAUCGCUUUUGAAUACCCAUCACAGGCCUGCAAUGGAACCAUAUUGGUCUGAGCAGUCUGAACAAAGAGAAGAGAAAGAGAAGAAACAGUCAGAAAAAGAGCAACCGAUCCAAUGGAGAUUUGGGGAACACAACGUCGAAAGGAGAUAA